UGUUAUAUUGUUAUUAUAUAUAUAAUCCACGAGCACCAAAUCACAAACCAUCCCAUUUGUAAAGCUCGGACCAUUUCUCUCUCACGUUACGUGUUGUCUUCAUACCUUCACAGGUCUGCAAUACUCAAACUGACUCAAUUCUGUUUCUAGGUCCAAGUGUCUGUAACUUCUCAGUUCUUCAAACUUUCGGCUUGGGUGAGAAUUGGAUUGAACUAGGGUUCUAUAAAUUUUUGCAGAUGGAUAUCUCUGUAAAGCUUUUGAAUGUGGUAUUUUUCUUGGUGUUACUGACAUGGGUUUUGGUGGACAUUUUGAAUCGAAGAAAGGUUAGCGAUGAACAGUUAAAAAUUGGAGCAAGUGAGAGAAGAUCUACAGUUUUUACUAAGAUUACGUUUCUUUCUAAUGUCAUACUCUCCUCCAUCUAUAUGGGUUUUUGUCUGUAUGAAUUUUGGGAUUCUAGAACCAUCAGAUUAGACACUCUCUUCUCAGCUCUAACUUGGAUUUUAGCUAGUGUCAUUGUAGUCUACUCAAAGAACAAAAUUCUAACACAAUACAAAACCUGGCCUUUAGUCCUCAUUCUCUGGUGGGUCUGUUCUUGCAUUUGCAAUUUACUUCUUGUCUCUCUUCACCUCAUAACCUAUUUUAAAUCGAUCGAUGUGCCAAAUUUUCUGCUAGAAGCUAACAUUGUUGAUUUUGUUUCCUCCCCAUUGUUGAUUCUUCUCGGUUUCAAUGCUCUGCCUAUUAGUUAUAGCAAGAAAGAUAGUGAUAUCGAACAUUCUUUACUUCAAAAAGAGGUAAAAAACCAAUCUAAGAACGCUGAUGCGUUUACUAGUGCUGGUAUUUGGACCCAACUCACUUUCCAAUGGCUCAACCCUCUCUUCAAGACGGGUCGAAUUCAAAAACUUGAAUUACCACACAUACCUUCUAUUCCUCAAUCCGAAACAGCUGAUCAAGCUUCUUCUUCGUUGGAAGAAUCACUUCGGAAACAGAAAGCUGGAGCUUCUUUAUUGCCAAAAGCCAUAGUCCUUGCCAUCUGGGGUUCCUUGGCUAUUAAUGCAGUUUUUGCAGGAGUUUGUACAGUUUCUUCAUACAUUGGUCCCUUGCUUAUUACAAACUUUGUGGAUUUCUUAUCGGGGAAGCACGAAAAUUCAAGCUGGAACCAUGGACUAAUUCUUGCAUUCAUCUUCUUCUUCACAAAGACAGUGGAAUCACUGUCUCAGAGACAUUGGUACUUUGGUGCCAAUCGUAUUGGUAUACGAGUUCGUGCAGCUCUCAUGGUAUUGAUAUACAAGAAGUCUUUGUCAAUCAAGUAUGGUGGCAUGAGUAAUGGUAAAAUUAUAAAUUUCAUCACUGUGGACGUAGAGAGGAUCGGAGACUUCUGCUGGUACAUUAAUGGAAUUUGGUUGCUUCCGGUUCAGGUCCUUUUGGCCCUGAUGAUUCUAUACAAAAACCUUGGUGCUGCCCCUUCAAUUGCUGCUCUUUUGGCCACAAUCUUGGUGAUGGUUAGCAACACUCCUUUGGCCAACAUGCAAGAAGGGCUUCACACCAAGAUUAUGGAAGCCAGGGACUCAAGAAUCAAAGCUACUUCAGAGACUCUGAAGAGCAUGAGAGUCUUGAAGUUGCAUUCUUGGGAAUCCACUUUCAUGAAGAAGCUCCUUCAACUUAGGGAGACUGAGAGAAGUUGGUUGAAGAGAUACCUUUACACAUGCUCGGCAGUGGCCUUUCUCUUUUGGGCUUCACCAACUUUAAUUUCAGUUGUCACCUUUGGUGUUUGCAUUGUAUUGAGAACACCAUUGACAUCAGGUACAGUUCUCUCAGCUCUAGCAACUUUUCGAAUUCUACAGGAACCCAUUUAUAACCUGCCAGAGCUCAUCUCCAUGAUAGCUCAAACAAAGGUCUCAAUUGAUCGACUACAAGAGUUCAUCAAAGAAGAACAUCAAAGGAUGUCACUACAGUAUGACAAUCCAAAAGCAUCCGAUGUUGCAUUUGAAAUUGGGACCGGGGAAUAUGCUUGGGAAGCAUGUGAUUCAACUUCAAAAAAACCGACAAUCAAAAUAACUGAGAAAAUAAAAAUAAUGAAAGGAUGCAAGGUUGCAAUAUGUGGCUCAGUUGGCUCUGGCAAAUCAAGCCUACUAUGUAGCAUACUUGGUGAGAUUCCUAGGAUUUCUGGGGCUGGUAUUGAAGUUUAUGGAUCAAAAGCAUUUGUCCCACAGAGUGCUUGGAUUCAAUCAGGCACUGUCAGAGAAAAUGUGCUGUUUGGCAAGCAAAUGAACAAGGCUAUCUAUGAGGAUGUGUUGCAGGCAUGUGCUUUGAACCAAGAUAUUGAGACCUGGGUUGAUAGAGAUUUGUGUGUGGUGGGAGAGAGAGGGAUGAACUUAAGCGGAGGACAAAAGCAGAGGAUUCAAUUGGCAAGGGCAAUCUACAGUGAUUCAGAUGUUUAUUUCCUAGAUGAUCCUUUCAGUGCUGUUGAUGCACAUACUGGGGCUCAUCUGUUCGAGAAUUGUCUGAAGAAUCUCUUGUCCUCGAAGACGGUUAUUUAUGCCACUCAUCAGUUAGAAUUUUUAGAUGCUGCAGACCUUGUUCUGGUAAUGAAAGAUGGAAGGAUCACUCAAUCAGGAAAAUUUGAAGAAUUGAAUUCAGAUCCGGAUGGCGAACUUGUUAGACAUAUGGCUGCUCACAGUAAAUCUUUAAACCAAGUGAACAGUCCUCAUAAACACAAAUUCUCCACCAACAAAUACUGCCAAAGCAAUCAAAUUGAAGUUGCAGAAGAGAAACUUGAAAUCCCCAGCGCAAGUGACAGACUCUCGGAGAGAACAUAUGAAGAAGAAACAGAAACUGGUCGGGUGAAAUGGAGUGUUUACUCGAGCUUUGUCACUGCUGCAUACAAAGGAGCUCUUGUUCCACUUAUCCUUCUCUGCCAGGUCCUCUUCCAGGCACUGCAAAUGGGAAGUAAUUACUGGAUUGCUUGGGCAACAGAAGAGAAGGGAAAGGUCAGCAAAGGACAGAUGAUUGGAAUAUUUGUUUUGCUGUCUGGUGGAAGCUCCUUCUUCAUACUGGGGAGGGCUGUUUUGCUGUCAACCAUUGCUAUUGAAACUGCUCAGCGCCUCUUCCUCGGCAUGAUCAAAUCUGUUUUUCGAGCACCAAUAUCAUUCUUUGACGGCACACCUUCAAGCAGAAUUCUCAACCGGUCUUCUACGGAUCAGAGCAUAGUGGACACAGACAUUCCCUACAGAUUAGCUGGAUUAGCAUUUGCACUUAUUCAGCUGUUAAGCAUUAUUAUCCUAAUGUCCCAGAUUGCUUGGCAGGUCUCCUUUCUCUUCCUCGCCAUCAUUGCAAUCUCUGUUUGGUAUCAGGCUUAUUACAUUACCACUGCAAGGGAACUAUCCAGGAUGGUUGGGAUCCGAAAAGCCCCAAUCCUUCAUCAUUUCUCGGAAUCCAUCACUGGCGCAGCAACAAUUCGGUGCUUCAGUCAGCAGGAUCGCUUCUUGAAGAAAAAUCAAAGUCUCAUUGAUGAUUACUCCCGUGUUGCCUUCCACAACUCUGCCACCAUGGAAUGGCUUUCUGUUAGAAUCAACUUUCUCUUCAACCUUGUCUUUUUCCUUGUUCUUGUUAUCUUGGUGAACCUCCCAAGGUCGGCCAUUGACCCAAGCUUGGCAGGACUUGCAGCUACUUAUGGUUUGAACCUAAAUGUUCUCCAGGCAUGGGUUAUUUGGAACCUAUGCAACGUCGAGAACAAAAUGAUCUCAGUGGAACGAAUCCUUCAGUUCACUAAAAUACCGAGUGAAGCUCCGCUUGUUAUUGAAGAAUGCAGACCAGAACCUGAAUGGCCAAUGAAUGGAAGAAUUGAACUCCAGAACCUCCAUGUCCAAUAUAACCCUGCUCUCCCUAGAGUUCUCAAAGGAAUCACUUGCACCUUCCCAGCUAGAAAGAAAAUUGGCGUUGUUGGCAGAACAGGGAGUGGAAAGUCCACUCUAAUCCAAGCUCUCUUCAGGGUAGUGGAGCCUGCAGAAGGACAGAUUCUGAUUGACGGAUUAGAUAUUUCAAAGAUUGGAUUACAGGAUUUGAGGUCUAGGCUGAGUAUAAUCCCACAAGACCCAACAUUGUUUCAAGGCACCAUGAGGACUAAUCUUGAUCCUCUACAACGUCAUUCAGAUCAUGAAAUCUGGGAGGUUCUUUACAAAUGUCAACUUGCAGAGAUAGUGAGGCAGGAUGAAAGACUUCUUGAUGCACCAGUUGCAGAAGAUGGAGAAAACUGGAGCGUUGGUCAGAGGCAGCUCGUAUGCCUGGCCAGGAUACUGCUUCAGAGGAGGAGAAUAUUGGUUUUGGACGAGGCCACAGCUUCAGUUGAUACAGCAACAGACAAUUUGAUUCAGAAGACAAUAAGAGAAGAAACAAGUGAAUGCACAGUCAUUACAGUGGCUCAUCGCAUACCUACUGUCAUUGACAACGAUCUAGUUCUGGUUCUUGAUGAAGGCAAGGUUGUUGAGUAUGACUCACCAAAUCAAUUGCUCGAGGACAAUUCUUCUGCUUUCUCAAAGCUGGUAAUGGAAUUUUCAAGGAGAUCAUCCAACAGUAUUCGUCAUUGCGCGUAAAAGAAGACGUGACAUUGAAUUUGUACAGUCGAUAACUUGGGGGUAUGGAAAUGGAACAAUAUAUAAAGAAUAUACAGUUAAAAUUGUGAAUCAUCACAACAUUACAUAACAAUGCAAUACAUCUGUUAGAUUUAUAGUCAAAUCAAUUCUAUCUGUAAAAAGUAUUCUUUCAGUGAGAUUAGUGGUUGAAUAUGUAUGAUCUCCUCAACUAGCUCGCAUAUGUACAUUCUCAAUGUGAAAAUUGUAGAGGUUAUGAACUUGCGCCAGGUGCAUGCCAGUCCUAUAUUAUUUAUGCACUAUGAAUGGGUUUUAGUUAAGAAUAACAUCUUCAUAAUCAUAUUGAAAUGAAGCUGAGACUAUGAACUUGAACAUCAAUUAUAAUUUAAAAAUAAUAAACAAGCAGGUACUAGCUUACAGGAUUCGAGGUCUAGGCUGAGUAUAAUCCCACAAGACCCAACACUGUUUUGAGGCACCAUGAGGACUAAUCUUGAUCCUCUACAACAUCAUUCAGAUCAUGAAAUCUGGGAGGUAGAAUCAUUGUUUUUAGGUCUUGAUUUUUUGUUUAUUUCAAAUCAUAUGGAGACUAACUUAUGUUGAAAUGAAUCAAUGUGUCAGGUUCUUAACAAAUGUCAACUUGCUGAGAUAGUGAGGCAUGAUGAAAGACAUCUUGAUGCACCAGGCAUGAAAGCAUAAAAUAUACAAAAAUGAGAAGCAGAGAAGCCUCCCCUACCCCCUCAUUCCUCUGAAAAAAAAGGAAAAGGAAAGAGCAGGUGGUCUAUAAAUGGUUCGAUUGCUUAUACUGAAAAUUUUGGAAAUUUUGCAGUGGCAGAAGAUGGAGAAAAUUGGAGUGUUGGGCAGAGGCAGCUCGUAUGCUUCAGAGGAUAAGAAUAUUGGUUCUGGACGAAGCCACUGCUUCAGUUGAUCCAACAACAGAUAAUUUGAUUUACAGAAGAAAAAAAAACAACAGAUAAUUUGAUUUAGAAGACGAUAAGAGAAGAAAUUAACAAGCAGAUGCACAGUCAUGACAGUGGCCCAUCGCAUACCUACUGUCAUUGACAACAACCUAGUUUUGGUUCUUCAUGAAGGUAAGGGUGUUGAGUAUGCUCGCCAAAUCAGUUGUUCAAGGACACAAUUCUUCUGCUUUCUCAACGUUGGUAAUGGAAUUUACAAGGUGAUCAUCCGACAGCAAUCGUCAUUGGGAGUAAAAGACAGACAAGAAAGGUUUCAACAGUAAUCGUCAUUGUACAGUCGAUAACUUAGGUAUGGAAAUGGAAGCUCCUGAGCAGCUCCGAUCCCCAACUUGAAUAACUUCAACAAUAGUGACAAGAAUUGCAAGAUCCCAAUAUACUAAAGAAUAUACAGUUCCUGUUUCAAUUUUCUGGAAUACUUGACUAACAUGAAAGGUAUAGAUUAUAGUUGUGAUCUAAAUUAUUCAUUCCAAUUGUUCUGAUCAGCAAUGCAUUUGCCAAAACAGUUUAAAUUGUGAAUCAUCAAAACAUUAGGUAACAAUGCAAUAGAUCUGUUAGCUUGAUAUUCAAAUCAAUUCUAUCUGCAGAAGUAAUGUUUCAGUGAGAUUAAUGGUUGAAUAUGCAUGAUCUCCUCAAAAAAGCCAAACCGUCCGUCUCUUUAUGCUUUUGUAUACAUACAUUUGAGGGGCAAAUUAGUCCUAUUUGUGGGACUCAUAAGGAAGGAAGACUUUGGCUUUGGCAUCUGACUUUGAACCAAUGGCCCUAACUUUCUGGGGCAUUUGCUUAUGGUAAUUUCUUGCACACCAAAAUAGUUAUGUUGAAGAAAAAGUGUUAAAAAAGAGUGUUUUAUUGUUUAUUUUUAUAUUUUCUGAAAACGCUGAACCAAAGGUGUCGUGGUGUAGUUGGUUAUCACGUUAGUCUAACACACUGAAGGUCUCCGGUUCGAAUCCUGGCGACGCCAUAUUUAAUGAUACAUGUGAAAAAAUAUCGUCGGCUGUCACGCUGGUCAAACCUUUUUGACAAAAUUAAUAAUAAUAAAAUUUUCACAUA